GUUAGGUUAGGUUUGGUUUAUUGUUUAUUUUGUUUCAUGUUUCGUUCUUAAAUCUCCAUUUUGACUCAUAACAAAUAUUGUAACCAAUAUAUUGACUAGGAAUGGUAUAGACAUGAGGCAGUUCGGAAGAUGGUUCAUAUGUUACAAUAUUUACGCCUGGGGUUGUCCUGUCGUGGUGGGUUUGGUGGCCGUCCUUAUGGAUACAUUAAAGCCCUCUGGUGCCGCUCUUCCUUAUUUUGUGUCUCCUAACUGUUGGUUCAGAGACAAGGCUUCAGCAUGGGCCUACAUGUACGGUAUAGUGUUAGUGUUGCUGAUGGUCAACCUGUGUCUCUUCAUCCACUUGGCCUACAGGUUCAAAAGAAUGUUUAACGUGCAGCCGUCCGCAACAAGACCAAGACAAUUCGGGCUAAGGCUCCGUGUACACUUGACGCUGAUGGUGAUCAUGGGUCUGGGCUGGGCGGGAGAGUUGCGGGUCACAAACUUCACAAGUUGUAAUUGGAGGUCAGCAGCAGGUGUCAUAGUAAGCAACCUUCAAGGUGUACUGUUGCUAUUGUUGCAAAUCUUCAACUUAAGAAAACAACGUUUGAUGACUGAGACGAGGAGGGGCACCAACAGGAUGUGGUCAGGAGGUGGCUCAAACAGAGAAAAUUGUAUCACCAGACUUUGAUCACAUUCAACAUAACACCUACGACAUUUAACAUAACACCUAUAACAAAUAACAUGACACUUAUAACAAAUAACAUAACAUCUACAACAUUCAACAUAUCACCUAUAACAAAUAACAUAACACCUACAACAUUCAACAUAACACCUAUAACAAACAACAUGACACUUACAACAUUCAACAUGAUACCCACAACAAAACAUGACACUUACAACAUUCAACACGAUACCCACAACAUCAGCAUGACCCAGGAUAAUUAUGGAAUCAACAACUGUAGACACUUGCCACCACCUUCGCCCUCACUGGACGGGGGGCUGCAAUGUUUACUGCUCGCAAGACCUGUGGGCACGCCAGUUCACCUGUGUUUUAAAGCCAGCUGCUUCUACAUGAAAGAGAAGGUUUUGCCACAUCCAGUCCAGGAAAGUCUUUUAUCGAUAGGAGGUCUGUUAGGCCCCGUCCCAUAGGCAUCUACCGGUGUAGGGUUGUCAUGCCGGGCCCGACAGUUUAAGGGAUCGUGUGAUGGUGUAGGUGUUAAUAAAGGUUCCAGUAUGGAUGAAAGUGUGGAUACUGUGCACACGAUUAAGGCUGUAAUACAAGAUUAAUUUGUAUACUACCGGUACCUUCCUAUCUAAUACAUUAGCAACACGGUUUGGUGGGCACUUUUUGCCUGCAGAGACCUGGGCAACCGCUAUCAUCUGCCUAUAGGGAGCAACUCUGCCCAACACGCCCUGAGGUCUUAUUACUAUUGGAAGCGACAUUUUCGUUUGAUGUGCUUACUGAUAAUCUGUACUGUGUGAGUUCGUAUGUGACCAGUAAGAACCACAGAGGUUUUGUAGAUGCUCAUAUAUGUCUGGAAAUGAUGAGAAACGGUGCUGAAUAGUGAAACAUUUAACCCCCUAUGUUGGCUACUGGUACGUGCAUGUAUCACAAAAUGUUGUGUUCUCGAAAUCAAGGGAGAGGGACAAUGUGCUGUGUUUGUAACUGACUCUUUACUUUAGCUGUCACAUAUGAUCAGGGCCGGAUUAAGACCCUUAGAGGCCCUAAGCACUUAAAGGAUUUUGGUGCCCCCCCCCCCCAUAUAUAUGUAAUUCAAAAUAUAAACAAUAAUAAACCAUAAAAUAAAAUGUUAUUUUUCGAAAUUAAACAAAAUUUACAGUAAGAUGGAAAAUAAUGUUUAUUUUUGUAUACGUCCACUUUAUUUAUAGUUGGAAAGUUUUCUCCUACUUUUUUUAAUUGCAAAGUCUUUGAUCAGAUCCUCAAAACUAGUCUUAUGUAACACAUCUGCUUCUAUACUUAGUAGAGAUAAGGCAUCCAACCUGCCUUGUUGCAUAGUUGUUCUGAUGGGAUUUUUAAUAUACUUCAACUUAGAAAAUGAACGCUCAGCUGAGCAAUUUGUGACCAUUAAUGUUAAAAAUAUACGAAAGCCAAUAUCAACAUUUGGAAAGGCACACUCAAUAUUGUCUUCUACAAUCAUUUUAUAUAUAUGUAUGUAUUUUUUUCAUUUAAUGUGUGGGCCUCUUUUUGUGAACCUUGGUUCAGCUGCACCAUUUGCAGUUUUGCACCAUAUGGUCCAUGGUAAAUCCGGCUAUGGAAAAUUUCUGUGGUGCCCCCCUUCCCUUGAUGCCCUAAGCACGUGCUUAUUUUGCUUAAUGGUUAAUCCAGCCCUGCAUAUGAUGUUCUUAACCUAGCCUUUUUGUUUUUGUCACUCGUAUGUUGCUAUGCAGUGUAUCUUAAUAAAGUUUAAUAUUGA